AUGACGAGAACUAGAUUUGUAGCCGUAUCGCGUCGUAUCCGGCAAGAGAAGUCGUCAAAAUACAUUGGAGCUGUCAACAUCAGACUCGACAACCUGUGCUUCCCAUACUCGAGAGGACCAGACACAAAAAAUGUUAAGAGACUCAUAAAACUUUUCCAAGGGCAACGUGGCUGCAACCCUGGAGAAACACAGAAUCGAAUACCGGCGAUCAUCAGCGAAACCGAGUUACAAGACGCAUUAGCCAUUUCAAACUUGACUCGAGGAGACUUGGUAGCUAGAGGCGACUCCUUUGCGCGACUUGAUCUGCCUUCAGCUUUCCAACUGAAGUGUCUUAGAGGAGAAGAUCGUGUCCAAGCCGCCAGAGAGGUUCUCAACUCACCGGAGCCGCGGUGGGUGGUCGAUCUCUAUGCUGCAGACAUCAGCGACGAGACGAGGCGGGACUUGGCAGAAGAAUAUGCCUGCGAACAGGCACCAGCUGACGGAGACUUCUAUUUCAAGAUACGGGAGUACCAAGGCGUGUUUGGGCAAGAGAAUUCGCGUGCCGAAGAUACAUGGAAGGCGCGCCUGGGCGCCACGUCUGGUUCCGGGCACAAGAAGAAUCGGAUGGACCAGAUAGUGACUGACCCCAGACUUUGCGUGGCAUUUGAUGCAUUUCGUCGCAUACCCGUCCUCUAUGGAGAUCUGAAACUCAGCCUUGUGAACAAAAUGACAUCCAUGGGGUGCCAUGAGGAAUCGCUACAUUAUUUGAACCACAUCAAAGACUUCUGGCACUCGGUUUUUGACGGCAACGAGAGCGCUAUGAUGAAACUCGACCGAACGUCGUUGGAAGCGCUGCAAUUGACGGCGCCAGGAGCCUGCGAAAAGCAAGCGCGUGACCUGCACGCCCGCAUACGCAGUGGCGAUAUCCUCAGCGCAUUCACUGAGGCUGAGAGAGAGAGAAUUUGGUCUAAAAUAUAUGAUGCCACUGUCGACUGUACGGUGCCGUCACUCCAUAGCUUCUUCGAAGACCGCAAGUACAUUGAGGAUGCAGCGCAUUGCAUGAAGAGGCUGUUCCCCGGAAAACUCCACGAGACCAUCCGUUCUGCACUGGAAUCCGCUUAUCCCGAUGUGGACGAUCAGGGCACCGAAUGUCUGGUGCAGGUGUCCAACUCUUCCUAUGCGAUGGUUGCGACGAAUGGGGCAGAUCACUUUGACUUGGCCUAUCGACAAUUGUGGCUGUAUGCUCGCCGCCACUUCGAAGAUAUGCCUCCCGAGCGGGAGCACAUAGUUGCAGGCUACAAGACUGCCGGUGUUGAUGAGAUGGUGUUGUUUGAUUUCGCGUCGCUCGCGUACAAGCUUGGAUUCAGAACCACAGAAAUUAAAAAGCUGCUCCAGGGUAACCCGGACCGCCAGAUUGCGCACCGGCUUCUGAAGAUGGCACGAAAACCAGACCAGUUCUAUUUCGAAGAUAUAGAGUCUAGUAUCUCUGCAGUCACGACUGUGAUGGAAGCGGCCCGUCCUAUUUGCAAUAGCCAAGAUGUUGAUGUGGAAGAGCCCGAGGUGGUAGCAGCUGGCGCGACCGCAAAGCAAUGUGGACGGCCACUCGUUUCCGAUCAUAUGCGAUGCAAACCACUUCUGUUCCUAGACAAGCUGCAUGCUACCAUGGCGCGACAAAAUAGGAAUCUGUCGUCCUUUUUUAUUCAACGCUCCACCUACUUUGCGUUUUUUGGGAAGGAUCUUGCGAUCUCUUGUGAGGCCAUGCAAGAUGCGCCCGAAGCACAAAGCGUUCAUGACGUAGACAUGGACAUCGAGCGUACAAGGGAAACGAUUAUUGCCUCCCCCCAGACUCGUGCUCGAAUGGAAAUUGCCUCGCGGGAAAGCGAAUGUCAAACGAAGCUGCGAAUUGCACAAAAAGAGGCUGGGGACGCUGAGUCACGGCUACAAAUGCUCUUGACCAAGGAGCGACAGCAAACGGAAAAGUUAGCUGGGCUCGAGGCUGCCAUAACAGCCCGCGCAGCUGAAUCGGCGGCGACUGAAAAGAACCUCCAAGAAAGAUUUGAGAAACUGAAGCAACGGGAAGUGGAACAGGUUAUUCGGCUCGAGACCCUCGCGGCCAAUGAGCCAGAGCAACAUGCUCAUAUGAAGCAACUGGAGCAGGGUCGAGCGGACAUGGAGGGAGAUAUACGGCUGGAAUGUAUUGCCACGCACUUAGAAGCAACAACUGAGGACGAGGAUGCAAGUGGGACGGAAAGACUGCUACAGGUAUCAGCGCAGCUUAGUGAAAAGCAGAACGAGCUGAACAAGCUGGAGGAGAUGGAACGCAACAAGCGCUUGGUCAUUCGACAAUUGGAGGAAGAGGAAGUGCGAUUACGUUCCUCCAUCGAUGGUCUGUCAAUUACAGUCAGAGCGCUCACAGAAGACGAACAGGCGAAAGUUGACUCGAUAGCGUCACUGAAAGAACAACACCAGUCCACUAACAACAAGCUCGUGGAGAAGGAGAUGGGCUUGCGACAGAAUAUUGACUUUCUGGAAGUAUGCCGAGAGCGCCUGGAGGCGGAUAUCAAAGCUGCCACGGAGGAGAAGGAUGUUUUGUCUCAAGCGCUUUUGGCUGAGAAACAUAUUGUGAACUCUAUGCGUGGGGGAAGCCAAGACAUUGAUGAGCCAACUACUGAGCGACGCCAACCUUUGGAGAACGUACCAUUAACACCAGGCGAAGGACGUGCGGUAGAAGAUGGAGCCGCCGGUUUAGAAUACAUGAUACGGGGUGCGUUUGACUCAGAAGAGGAGCAUCUGGCCCCAACGGAGGACAUACCACUGCCACUGUUCUCAAGGGCAUUGCCGGCCGUCUCCGACAGGCCAUUGGAAGCGCCGAUGGGAAAUCAGACGGAGGAAACUAUCGAGAUCCGCGGUGCCGGAAGACGGUGA